CCUGCCUGGGAAACUUGUGGUUGGUUGCUGCCCUCCGGUCCUCCGGGCCGGACACGGAACCGGGCCAUGGAAGGCAUGUCGGGGACUCGCGAGCCCCGGGCCCGGCCUAGGGAGCCGGACCCCGACCGGCGCAGCCACGCAGACCGAGACCGCCACCCCGAGCGACCGCGGGACAGACCCCGGGACCCGCACAGGGAGAGAACCAGGGACGGGCGGAGGGACGGCAACCGGCGAGAGGACCGGGACAGAGAGAGGGACCGGGAACCCCGCCAGGACAGACGCAGGGACGGGGGCCACCGCGCAGGUGAACAAAGAGUUUGGGACGAGUCCCGCCAAAGCCGGACGCGGGACGCACCCCGGGGCCGGACCUGGGACGCAGCCCCGCACCCCUGGCCCGCGCCGGGGGCAACUCCGGAGCCGCCGCCCCUGUGGAAGGAGGGCCUCGGGCGCCGCGGACCGGAAAGUGAACCCACUUCAGGGAGGUAUCUGUCCUGGAACCCCAGGCCUGGACGAGAAGAAGAAGUGGAAUAUUACCAGUCAGAGGCGGAAGGACUCCUGGAAUGCCAUAAAUGCAAAUACUUGUGCACGGGGAGAGGUGUGGUGCAGAUAGUGGAGGUGAUACUGAACGCGAUGGUUCUCAUGUGCAUCGUGGCCUCCUACUUUGUCCUUGCCGGAUUCAGCGCCAUCCUCACCAGCGGCGGCGGCUUUGGGAACAACUAUUACUCACCGUUUGAGGGCACGGAGCUGGAGCAGGUGCGGCAGCUGGACCAGCAGUACACGGUCCUGCGGUCGCCCCUGAUAUACGGCGGCGUGGCCGUCGCUCUGGGGCUGGGUGUCCUCACCAUGGGCGUCCUGCUCCAAGGAGCCAAAAGACUAGCAAAACUGUCGGGGAAGUGGCUCCUCACAGAGGCCGCCUUCAGCCUCCUGGCGGCCGUGGGCUACUGCGUGGGCAUUGGCGUUUACCUGCACGCGGCCUUGCAGAUCAAUUCCACCGACACCUGCAAAACCAGAGAGCGGCUCUACGCCCGCAGGGGUCUCACCUGGAUGAACUGCCAGCUGGCGGGCACGGACGGCGCGGCAGCCACCUUCGCUUGUCUGCUGGUGAUUAUGUACUGUGUCAGCGUGGUGCUGGCCCUGCGCAGCUACCGAGAACAGAAGCACUACAGAGACAGCCGGGGACAGCCCAGAAGUGACGGUGAUGCACCAGAAUACCUGUGGUCUUGAACGGGCUGAGAUGGUCUUCUGGAACCUCAAUGCCAACCCACCCCCGUUGUUUCUCCCAAAAAGACAGGGCCUUUAAAACCACACAGGAGACCUCGACUGGGGUCUUCACAUACUUGAUUUUAGAAAUACUCCCUUUGGAUCAAUGCAACAUUAAAUAAUUGACUCAUUUUUUUCUAUUGUAAAAGGAGAUCAAAUAAGUCUCUUUUGGCUGAUUUGAUAGAGAGUUUGAAAAAAAACAUCACCUUUGCUACAAAGUGCAGCAUCAGGCAUCUGGGAACCCCCUUACGGUGAGGCUUUCAGCGUAUGGCGAGGUCACAGUGGCAACCGAGGUCACAGUGGCAACGGCUAACUAGCCAGAGAAAUUCUGAGAGAUGAGAACCACAGGUCAGAGGCUUUGCUGGUCACAUGGUACAGUAGAACUAUCUUACCUGUCAGAACUAUGUAAUGUCAUCAAAAGAAACAUGCCAUUCCCACCCCACGCAAUCCCCCUGCAUUUUGUCCCAGGGGAAUGAUUUUAAAGCAAUUGUGUGAUUGAAUUCUAAAUAAUUGUAUUUAGAAUUGUCUAAAUAGUUGUAAUUACGUUCAGAUGCGCUCUCCUAGCGGCAAGGUAUUCUGCUAAGAGAGAGGAGGCCAUGCAGCCUUCUCCCACUGCAGAUGGGAGGUUGGAUUCCAGAUAUGAGAGAAGAAAUGUUUUUAGUGAGCAUGUUUUCCCCCAAGGCUCCUGCCUUAGGUUCCUGAGGAAAUGUUUCCUACCAGCUAUUCCAAAUUAGUUUUUGGGGUUUUUUUGUGGCAAAUUGGUCAAUUGGAAUUCACUUUCCUGAAAUGUUUUAUCGUUUUUCUAAACAUGAAGAUUUCAAAUAGUGAGAAAAUCCCUAAACUUUUUUUUUUUUUUUUUAUU